GGUAAAAGAUGAUGAUGGCAAUAUUGGUAAUAAAGAAAAGAUCCAAGUGCGUUGUUGUAGGAGAAGGAGAAAUUUGAUUGCAUUGACGGACGACAACUCAGAGUCUCAAUUAAGUGUCGGUCCAUAGAGUCUUGUUUUGGUGUCUCUUCACUCUGUUUUCAGCUACCCAAUGGCUAAAAAUCCAAGUAAUACAGCCGGAAAAAUGUUGGACACGAGGCCAUUGGUAGCGACAUUGCUCGCCUUCACUCUUGUCAUGCUCAUUUGGAAUCUCCAACCUUACUACGAUACCAUCCUUAAUCCGUCUAAACUCUCCAUUAAUAUUACCGACCCUAACAAACGAACCUUCCUUACCUACGGCAAUGCCGCCUCUCUCUUCGUCCAGAUGGGAGCCUAUCGCGGUGGUCCCACUACUUUCGCCGUUGUGGGUCUCGCUUCCAAGCCCCUUCACGUCUUUGGCCGCCCCUGGUAUAAAUGCGAGUGGAUCCCCAAUACCAAUACCAACUCCUCUAAGAACCUCAAGGCCAAGGCCUAUAAGAUCCUCCCUGACUGGGGUUACGGACGUGUCUACACUGUGGUGGUUGUGAACUGCACAUUUGCUGUGAAUCCUAACCUUGACAAUAAGGGAGGGAAGCUCAUUCUCUACGCUUACUAUAGUGAGUCACCCAAGAGAUACGAGAAAAUCACAGCAUUGGAGGAAGCACCAGGGUCUUACAACCAGUCCAAGUUCAGCCCGCCAUAUCCCUACGAGUAUUUGUAUUGCGGUUCUUCCUUGUAUGGGAAUUUGAGUGCCUCUAGGAUGAGGGAGUGGAUGGCCUAUCACGCCUGGUUUUUCGGGCCCAGCUCCCAUUUCGUGUUUCACGACGCCGGCGGGGUGUCAUCCGAGGUAAGGGCGGUGCUGGAGCCGUGGGUACAGACUGGUAAGGUCACGCUUCAGGAUAUAAGGGACCAGUCCGAGUUCGAUGGCUACUAUUACAACCAGUUUUUGGUGGUGAAUGAUUGCCUCCAUCGCUACCGACACGCUGCCAAUUGGACCUUCUACUUUGAUGUGGACGAGUACAUCUAUCUUCCUGAUGCCAACACUACUCUCGAAUCUGUGUUAAGAGACUUCUCCAACAAUACUCAGUUCACCAUUGAGCAAAAUGCCAUGUCCAGCAUCCUCUGCUUGAACGAUUCCUCUCAAAACUAUUCCAGGCUGUGGGGUUUUGAGAAGUUGUUGUUCAGAGACUCGAGAAGUAACAUUAGGAGAGAUCGGAAGUACGCCAUACAGGCAAAAAAUGCAUAUGCAACAGGCGUACACAUGUCGGAAAAUGUAGUAGGAGGGACUUUGCACCAGACAGAAACCAAGAUCCGCUACUAUCAUUAUCACAACUCCAUCACGGUACAUGAGGAGCUGUGUCGUGAGUUUUUACCCAUAUCCGCUAAGCAUAACAUAACCUGGUUCGAUAAGGUACCCUACGAAUAUGAUGACAACAUGAAGAAACUCACCCAAACCAUCAAGGAUUUUGAGCGAAAUACUAUCAAUGCAGCUCCCGACCAUACCAACAACUCAUAGG